AUGGUGAAGCCAACAAACGCGCGCGUGCCUACGCCAUCGAACCCCUCGUCUCUGGAACCACGCUACGAGAUCCGCAAACUGAAACCCGUGCAUCUACCCUGGGCCACAGCCAUUCUAGCCUACAGCCAUGGCUUCCAGUCUCCCGUCUGGCAAAAGAUCUGGCCCGACCGACUGCUCGGCCGCUGGGUCGUUGAAGAGUCGCCUAACCUCGAGUAUCUCGUACGCCAUCAAAUCGAUUCCGGCCUCUCCUACGGCGUCUUCGACACGGAAUACGAAUUCAAAACCCCGCACGGCAAGGCAUCUGGCGGCGCGCUGCUCUGGGACGCCACAGAGCCCAGCGUGGAAAAGAGCCAGGGCAGAGCCGCAGAAGCACAGCGUUUAUUGCCUCAGAUGGACUUCCCUCUCAUCAGUAUCGUGCUGAGCUACGACGGCUUCAAGCCGCUUGACCCGGACAAAAUGAAGCCCUUACUCGCAGCCUGGCCAGAGUUCCCCGUGCUAUACGGCGCCCUGGAGAAGCGCGAUCCGCGCGAUCCUGCCUCGUGGAAACCCACGGCUCCCGGCCAGGUCCUCAUGCGCAAUGCCACGUCGACGCGGCGCGACUAUGAAGGCCGCGGCAUCAUGACUGCGACGGCGCGGUGGCUGCAGCGCGAGGCGGCUGCCAUGGGCUUCAGAGGCAUACAGAUCGAGGCCAUGGCGAAUUCUGUGACGCAUGUUUGGUCAGAGGGCGUGCAGAACCCGUUUCGAGGUUUUGUUGUCAGCGAGUUUGAGUGCGAGACCCUCGAGGAUGAACAGGGGAAGAAGCCGUUUGGUGCGGCGAGCCAGCGCGUUACGAAGUGUUGGGUGGAUUUGAAGGCGGAGGAGAGUCCCGUUGUGCCCAGGGUGCCGAAGAAGUUUGUCAAGUUCUCAACAGUUCUCGCGGUAGAGACAUAUGUUCUUUCGGCAACAACGGCUAUUGCAAAAGAGGCAGCUGCGUGA